ACUGCAACCAGGACGGCCGUCGGUUUGCAAAGAUUAAUCAUUACACACUGACCUUGUAAGAGUAUGGGACCCUGAAGCACAACGCGAACGAGUAUGAAACGUUUCAUUUCAUAUCCAGAGACUUUUAAAACAAAGUAGCUGAAGCCUUUAAUUUCCUGUUUUAAAGGCGGAACUUUAGAGCAUCGAGCACAACUUUCUCAGCUUGCUCUGAAGGAAUCACCUUGUCGCUGCUGCUCUCUGCGCCUCCCUACUCCAGCCUCUAUAUUUAGGCUGCUUGUUGUGGCGCUGGUCAGCCGGGACCUUCAGCAGGAGGACACGCCUCUGGAUUGAAUGGAGCGCACCGUGCGUAAAGUCCAGACCGCAGCAGAUCCAAACUUUGUCGCUUCUUUUGGGUGUCGAUUGGUUUUGGUAUCGGCAUUAGUUCGUCGGAGACUAUAAAUGCAGCGAUGACUCGAGAGGAGGACCUGAUCCGGAUCGCCAAAAAGCUAGACAAGAUGGUGUCUAGAAAUAACACGGACGGAGCCAUCGAUCUGCUGAAGGAGUUGAAAAGCUUCAAUAUGACACUGAAGCUUCUCCAGGAAACAAGAAUUGGCAUGUCUGUGAACAACAUCAGGAAGCACUGCAGAGACGAAGAAGUCAUCGCUUUGGCAAAAGUCCUCAUUAAAGAAUGGAAGAGACUUCUGGACUCUGGAAAUUCUCACUCUGAGAAAGUUGAUGAACUGAAGAACGGUUUGGAUGCCAGGAAACCUGCAGCAGCUACAAACAGCUGCUCCUCAGAGCCACAGAGCAGUCACAGGAGGCUGGAGGCCAAACUGAAACAUGAAUCCGAUUCUGACAAAAACAGGGAUGAAAAACAGAACGAUAACCACAUAAAUAAAAAGAGCCAUGCGGACGAUCCCGGGACGGAUGGAAAACACCUUGAAGGGCACCAAAGUGAGAAACACCUUCAAGAAAUCAGAGCAGAGAAACGAACCCCUGCAGAGAAUCCCAAACCGGAAACGGAUCAUAAGAAUCAGAGGCACGCACCAGACCUGCAGAGUGGAAAACACAAGUCGGACCCAAUCAAGCACAGAUCGCUGGAGGAUUUGAAGAAGAUGAGAAACGCUGAGCUACUAAAGAAAGAGAAACCUCCCGAGGAGCCUAAGAAAUACACAGAUGAUGGGAAGCAGGAUAAAAGCAGAGCGGAAGGCAGACACGAGUGGCCUGUCGGCACACCUCAGAGAGGGAAGCCUGCUGAAGCUCAUAAGCUAGUCUUUGAAAGGAGAGGAGUGCUGGACAGCAGCGUACUGUAUCCCACCCGCUUCCCCUCCCCCCCUCGACCCGCUCGGCCUCUUCUACCCAUCAAACGUCCAUCUCUGGACUCGAAAAAAGACAGGAAGGACGGUAAAGAGUCUUCCUCUCGACACCCUCACUCUCAACCGGCCUCUCCGCCGCAAAAGCGACCUGCAGCGGAAGUCAAGAAAGAGAGGAAAGUUCCACCGGACCCAAAUGCUCCGAUAGCUCCUCUUCCUUUCCACCUCCAUCCUCCUCCACCGAGAAAAGAGCCUCCUGAUCCCAACGCGCCCCUCCCUCCGCUCCCACUCCAUCUCCACCCCCCCGCUGCUCCUCCGAAGCGCACCUCUGUGGAUGGGGGCAAGGACAGAGAGAGCAGCAGGAAGCCAUCCUCAGACUCAAAGCCUCUGCCGCAGAAAAAGUCUGCAGAUUGCGUAAAGAAAGACAGGAAAGAUUCAGAUGAUGGCAAAGCAUCUAAGAAACUGUCAGAUGACACCAAGAGAGAAAGGAAGGAUUCUUCUGACUCUAAACCACCCUCUACCAAAAAGCCCACCAUUGAGGUCAAAAAAGAAAAGCACAGGAAGGAUUCCAGUGAACUGAAGCCAAGCCAACCUGCAAAAGGCCAUUCCACUGACUCCAAAUCCGUCAGGAGAGAGUCUUUAGGCUCGAAGCCUCUUGGACAACCACAGAGGAAACCGUCUACUGACAGCCUGGAAAGAAAGGGUAAAACCGAAGCACCCAGAACUCCCACCACCCCGACCAGUCCUCUGUCACCCAGCUUCAGCUCUCCUGGGGGUCCUCUGUCCCCUCACCUGGCUACUGGAGACUCCGUCAGAGACAAGUGCAUUGAGAUGCUUACAGCUGCCCUGCGGACAGACAAUGACUACAAAGAUUUUGGAGCAAACUGUGACGGUAUGGCAGCAGAGAUUGAGGAUCAUAUCUACCAGGAGAUCAGGGCCACAGAUAUGAAGUACAAGAACCGAGUCCGGAGCCGCAUCAGCAACCUGAAGGACCCCAAGAACCCGGGACUCCGCAGAAACGUCCUGGCCGGCAGCAUCGAGUUGAGCCGCAUCGCCAGCAUGUCUGCUGAGGAAAUGGCCAGUGAUGAGCUGAAACAGCUGAGGAACGUCCUAACCCAGGAGGCCAUCAGGGAGCACCAGAUGGCCAAAACCGGUGGGACCACCACAGACCUGCUGCAGUGCGGCAAAUGCAAGAAGAAGAACUGCACCUACAACCAGGUGCAGACCCGCAGUGCUGAUGAGCCGAUGACCACAUUUGUCCUCUGCAAUGAAUGUGGCAACCGCUGGAAGUUCUGCUGAUGCCUUCAACAACGAAGUUAUAUUUUUCAGAGACCCUGUAUUGCUUCUUCUCCAUAACUGGACAAGAAAAAGUUAGCGAACCACUGUAGAUGAUGAUUUCAACAAAAACGUUCUUUAAAUUUUUACUUGAGAUUUUUUUAGAUUUAUGACCAUGGAUAAAUAAAGUUGGAAUACAGUGUAUUGGACUACGGCUUAAUCAUAAAAUCCACAUGGUUAUAAAUGAAUAAUAUCUAAUUAACAGGACAUGUUAAUCUCUUUAACAUGUCAUGCAAUACAAUAGCCGUUUAUUUUGUAUAUACAUAUAUCUUCCAAUAAAACCACAUAUAUAAAAACUCUCUG